AUGGUGCCAGAGGAUCGUGUGUCAAGCCGACGAUCUUUGGAUACCCCAGAGACACUGGAUACAUUAGACCGCUGUUACCGUCUCCUUACAUCAGCAAGACAAACGCGUACACCUCUUUCAGCAUCGUCGAAUAAGGCCACACCCCCGUUAGUUCUUGGAAGAUUUCUUAAAAAAUCUGUAUUUGAAUCAUUAAAAUACCGAAUAACAAAAUUAGAUCAUGACCUAUUCGAUGUUAUAUGGCCAGCCGUUAAAAAGAUACCUGAAAAUCGUAACAUAAUUCAAACAGUGGAAGAGGAUUUUCCGGGUGGUGUGACAGCGCCUGAUUAUUAUAUUUACGAUGUAUUUAGUGAAUUUCUGACACCACUUUUAAAGGAUUUACAUAAUAUUAACAUUUCUUAUGAAUUGCCAUUUCAUCCUCCGUCCGAUUUCAUUCAUAAUUCAGUUGUUUCAAAUUCCUCAACUUCAGCGGAGGCUCUGGUAGAACUAAAUGUGGAUCCAAGCGAUGAGUUUGUUUUAUCGGGUAAUAUAGAAUGUUCAAGAAAUAUAGAAGGUUUUGAAUUACCCCUCAAUCUCAAAAUCGGUAAACUAGAAGCAAUUGAAAGAAUUAUCACUACAAUAUUACUGAAUGCAGAAUUUACAAAUAUAAUUGGGCUCUUAAGUCCUGAGUCAGAUCAAAAGGGAGGUAGCUAUUAUACGCUUAAUGAAGUAUUAGAAAAGCCAUCUGAAGUGAGUGCAACUUUAGCAUCUUCAGGACUACUAAUUGCUCUUUGUGAAAGAGACGAAAUCGAUGACUUGAGUCGUUUGCAUGGAAACCAUUGGCCAUAUGGUCGAGGAGUUUUCGUCAGUGACGAUAAAACAGUAGCAAUAUGGAUUAAUAUUCAGGAUCAUUUAAGGGUAAUUAUCUCCACACCACUCGAUUCCCCGGGUGAAGUUGGGCUACCUUUUAGUAGACUUUCUAAUAUCAUGAGGUAUCUUCAUAAUAAACUUGAUUUCGUUUGGCACGAAAAGCUCGGCCAUUUAUCCAGCAGACCUACAUUUUUGGGUGCGGGACUUCGCCUAAGCCUUAUUAUUAACUUCCCUGGGUUAUCAAAAGAUUUGGAGAAUAUAAAACAUCUAUGUGCAAUGAGGGGAUUACAAUAUCGUGAAACUUUAAGCGCCGAUAUUGCUAAAGUCAGCAACUAUCAAAGUUUAAGUGUAACCGAAAUAAAUUGUUUCAAUGAUUUUACAACUGCGAUAUCUAAUCUUCUUCAUCUCGAGAGAGAUUUGUCAAUUCAAAAUUCCGCACAUAUAGCGACGAUGUUGAGUAACAUAUUCCGAAGAAAAAGAAGCAGUUUGGCGGAUUUGAAUAUACGCGGCCUGGAAGAGAAGCACUAA